AAAUGUAUAAAUGGCCAUAGCGGCGCAAACGCCACCAGACGGUGCGGCGAGUGACGUCAUCUAAAGCGAGCAUAAACAAGGUGCAGUUCCUUGCCGUAGAUAGGCGAGUCGCAAAACACCAUUGCCAAACAACCUCGCGCUCGGCGUUCCUCCGGAUUUCGCUUGUUUUUGCCACCGCUUCUCGAAUACGCUAUGAACGGCCUAAUGGUAACGGCUCGACUCUGGAAGCUCUCGUCUACGCGAGUCGGGGCCGUCGCACUGUCGACCAGGACCUGUAGCAGCAGCUCUGGCAGCGAACGCGACCCGGAGACGUUCCUGUGGCUCAGAGAGCACAACUACCGGGACAACCUCGGCGCCCUGGACAGCGUCCGGUUCAGGCGGCCGGCCACCGAAGACUUCCAGUACCUGGACGUCGGGUGCGGACCCGGCAACUUCACGGCGGAAGCCCUCGUGCCUCGACUGCGUCCUUUCCGCCGCCUGGUGGCCACUGACAAGUCUGCGUCCAUGGUGGCCUACGCCUACGAACACUUCCGAGAGCACCGGGAGGUCGCCUACGACGUCCUGGACAUCGAAUGCGGCGGCAAUGCCGAGCGCAUCGUGGACACGUACGGACCGUUCGACCGCGUGUACUCGUUCAUGGCCUUCCACUACGUGCGAGACUUGGAGCAGGCAUACCGCAACGUGUUCUUGUGCUUGAAGGACGGCGGCGAGUGCCUCACGGUGUCGUUCGUGGGUAGCGCGAUCACGGACGUGUGGUACCGGCUUUGGAACACCGAAGAGUGGAAGGCCUUCCUGCCCAAUCCGCAGCAGUUGUUCUCCGAGCGUUUCUGCUACAGCACACCCAUACCGGAGGAGAGGAUAGCGAGCGAAGAGCAGCUGGCGAUCGCCGCCGCCGGAAUGGAUCUUGUGUCAUGCCGUAUGCACCAUAGCUUCUGGACGAUGCCCGACUUGGACAGCUGGCUUGAUUGCUACGUGCCGUUCUUCAGACUGGACGCCCGGGUGCCCGAAGACAAGCGCAGCGCGUUCCUCGACGCCUGCCGGUCUCUGCUCCAGGAAGCGUCGAGCGCGACGCCCGGAGGAGUCGGUCUGAGGCACAGCGUCAUCGUGGUCCACAUGCAAAAGCCAGGUCGUCGCUGACGUCGACGCGCGAUACAGACUGAUGACGCCACUCGACGAUUUCCGCAUUCGGUCGCUCGCGGCGCUUCACGCGCCGCCAGACUGAGGCGCAAAAAGAAGAAAAAGAGGAAAAAAACGCAUCGAAUCAACGGUUUGAUCGUUCGCGAAUUGCGCUGCACAUGUACACAGAAGGGAGAUUUAGCGCCACUUGCUCACAGCGCUUGCUUCAUAUCUUCGGUGUGCGAGACGUCAUACUUUUUGUGAUUCACCUCGUGUUCCUUGCUUUUUUUUUCUCGAUAUUUAUGAUGUAUACAAAUUGAUCUCGAGGAAAGCAAUAAAUUCUUCAUGCAGAAGCAAUAAAUUGGUAAUAAAUUACAGACAUUAUAACGUCG